AUGCGAACCAAAGACAGCCGACCAGAUCCAACUUUCUUCAUCUUGUUCGAGUUCUCUUCUUCUUUCUCUGGAUCUGACUACGAUAGUGAAAGUGAGGAAGAGUUCAAAAGCAAUUACGAAGUUGUUGGUGAAGAUGGAGAUGAAAAACAAGCCGACGACAGUGUGGCUCCGAAUGUGACAGACGUUGCAAAUGCACUCGCGAACGAAGAGCCAUUUGAGGAGCCAUCUUUCAUGCGAAUUUUAGAUUUGAAAGCCAUGCAUGCUCCGGAGUUUCCGGACUAUAUGAGUGCAAAAGUUCCUUUUGUCGCAUAUGGUGAGUUCGCCGUGGGGAUGGAAUUCAGUUCCAGUGAAGCUGUUAUUAAGGCGAUGAAGGAGUAUACCCUCCGAAUAUCUGUAGACUACCGUGUGUAUGAGUCAGAGCUGUUGACAUUUUAUGCGAAGUAUACACAGUACGAGUCAGGGUGUGAUUGGCUUAUCAGAGUACAACGGCAGUCACACUGUACCAGAGCAACCAUUUCUCAAGAUCAUUCGAAGCUGGAUUCAAAUACGAUUGCCGAAGCCAUAAAACCGUUGGUUGAGGCUGACCCCUCUUUAAAGGUAAAAUCAGUUAUUGCAGAAGAGCAGUCGAAGUUCAACUACACCGUCAGCUAUCAGAAAGCAUGGUUGGCAAAACAAAAGUACGUUGAAAAAAUAUUUGGAGAUUGGGAAGUGUCCUACGAAGCGUUGCCCAUAUGGUUCGAGGCCAUAUGUCAUAAGGAGUCAUCAGCUGUCGUACAUUUUGAGACUAUGCCUGCAUAUCAAGGGGAUGACUUGGUAAGUGAUAUUCGGGUAUUGCAUCAAGUCUUUUGGAGCUAUUACCCCUGCAUUAGAGCGUUCAGACACUGUAAGCUAGUUGUCCAGGUGGACGGGACUCAGUUGUACGGAAAGUACAAGGGUUGCUUGUUAGUGGCCGUUUCGCAGGAUGGUAACAACAAUAUCGUCCCGAUUGCAUUUGCUAUUGUCGAGGGAGAGACCUCUGAUGCUUGGCACUUUUUUCUUAGUAACCCGCGUCAACAUGUUGUGACUCGGGAUGGUGUGGGGCUUAUAUCGGACCGACAUGAGUCCAUAAAUGCAGUUGUGAAACGUAGUCACGGAGCUUGGUCACCUCUUAGAGCUUUUCACAUGUUUUGCAUCAAGCAUAUAGAGUCAAACUUUCUGAGGAAAUUCAAGGCACCCUACAUGCAAAAGCUAGUCGUCAACAUAGGAUAUUCGCGGACGGUUCGCGAGUAUGAAGUGCGUUACCAGCGUUUACGAGAGCGGGGCGAGGCGUACACUAACUGGUUAAACCGUAUUUCCCGUGAACAGUAUGUGUUGGUCUUCGACGGUGGCUACCGAUGGGGUCACAUGACAACUAAUCUAGUGGAAUGUAUCAACUUAGACGCGUUUAUCGGGCUAGGUUUAGGCCACUAG